UCCCUCUCCCUCUCUCUGUUUCUCUUGGAAGCUGCGUACUACGCUGACCAAAGACCAUUCCUUUGUCUAAGUUGCUGCCAUUUACUUCUUCGGCCUUUUCAGCCAUUCCCUUGCAUAAGAAGUUUCAAAUUUUCUAACACCACCCCCAAAUUAAAAAAAAAAAAAUCCAUUUUUUAUAGCCCUAUUGACUUUCUUCUCUGUUUUAGAUCUUUGCAUUUCUGUAGUUCCGAAUUCGAAAGCUAGUUUCUUGGUAGCACCCUCCUCAACCUCCUCUCACAAUGGCUGGUCGCUAUGACAGUAACCCUUUCGCCGAAGAAGAAACCGAAGUCAAUCCCUUCUCAAAUCCUGGAAGUGUUGCCCCUGCCACCAAUUCAAGGCUCAAACCACUUAAUCCUGAACCUGCUGAUUAUAAUUAUUUUGGUGCGACCGUCGAUAUACCUCUUGAUGCAUCAACAGACUUGAAAAAGAAGGAAAAGGAACUUCAAGCCAAAGAGGCUGAAUUGAGAAGACGAGAACAGGAAGUCAGACGGAAAGAGGAAGCUGCUGCACGAGCUGGAAUUGUAAUUGAGGAGAAGAAUUGGCCACCAUUUUUCCCAAUCAUACAUCAUGAUAUUACAAACGAAAUUCCAGUUCAUCUUCAACGAAUGCAAUAUGUUGCAUUUAGCUCAUUGUUAGGUCUAGUGGCAUGCCUUUCUUGGAAUAUUAUAGCUGUCACUGCAGCUUGGAUUAAGGGGGAAGGUGUAAAAAUAUGGUUUCUUUCUCUUAUCUACUUCAUAGCAGGCGUUCCUGGAGCAUAUGUCCUAUGGUACCGCCCACUAUAUCGCGCUUUCAGGAAAGACAGUGCUUUGAAUUUCGGAUGGUUCUUCAUGUUUUACAUAGUAAGUUCACUAUUAUGCUUAAUGGUUAAUGCAUGUAAAGCUAUGCUUCCAACACGGGAUGGAUUUCAAUAUUACUAUCAUCUUUUUUUUUUUCUACAGAUUCACAUUGGAUUCUGCAUCUUAGCUGCAGUUGCUCCUCCUAUAGUAUUCAAAGGAAAAUCCCUGACUGGCAUUCUGUCUGCCAUAGAUGUGAUUGGUGAUCAUACUUUGAUCGGAAUUUUCUACUUCAUUGGAUUCGGAUUUUUCUGCCUUGAAACGUUGGUCAGCAUCUGGGUUCUUCAGCAAGUGUACAUGUACUUCCGCGGCAGCGGCCAAGCCGCCGAGAUGAAGCGGGAGGCUGCAAGAGGAGCAGUCAGAUCUGCAUUCUAAACACACAUACAGAGAUGAUAUAGGCCUUGUUUGCAUUUGGAUUCAUAUUGUAAAUUACUUAGCUGCAGAAAAUGAUUUGUGUGUUUUUUUUACACGUUGAUGAUGAUUGUUAAUUUGUUAGUGUUGUACUUAUAUAGUGGAAUAGAGCAAACAAACAUAAAGCCAUGGCUAUAAUUUAUUUUGAGUGAAUCCUAUAUAUAUGUAGUUUUGGUUUACCAUCAAUGGAUUGGUCUGGGUCGUGCAUUUUCUCCCUUGCACACCAACAUUUACUUC